ACACAUCCUGCUGCUCCCAGACGUCCCCAGGGCAGCAGAGCUGGCCCCGCAGCUGCCAGGAGAUCAAAGCCUCGCAGGUUGGGACACAAGAUGGGCUGUACACCCUGAGCACUGAGGAUGGCGAGAUCUACCAGACCUUCUGUGACAUGACCACACGCGGCGGCGGCUGGACCCUGGUGGCCAGCGUGCACGAGAACAACGCCCAUGGGAAGUGCACUGUGGGCGACCGCUGGUCCAGCCAGCAGGGGAGCAGCCCCCUCUACCCGGAGGGGGACGGGAACUGGGCCAACAACAACAUCUUUGGCUCCGCCGUGGGCUCCACCAGCGACGACUACAAGAACCCCGGCUAUUACGAUCUUCAAGCUGGAGACCUGUCUGUGUGGCACGUCCCCAACAGGGCGCCGCUGAGAAAGUGGAGGGACUUGGCCAUCCUGAGGUACCACACUGAGACCGGCUUCCUCUCAUCCGAAGCUGAAUUCACCGCUGGCUUCGUCCAGUUCCGUGUUUUUAAUAAUGAGAAGGCGCCCAUGGCCCUGUGUUCGGGGCUGAAAGUCACUGGCUGUAACACCGAGCACCACUGCAUAGGCGGCGGAGGGUUCUUCCCAGAAGGCAACCCAAGGCAGUGUGGCGACUUCCCCGCCUUCGACUGGAAUGGCUAUGGAACCCAUCAGAGCUGGAGCACGUCCCGGGAGAUGAUCGGGUCUUCUGUGCUGCUGUUCUACCGCUAAGUCCAGGCAGGCUGGCAUUCCCGGUGAAACACCACCACUGCCAGCGCGAGCUGCUCACCAGAAAGAAAAUCUGCCCUUUUCUCAGCUCUUGGGACUGCAAAUCAAGAGCAAAUAAAGAGCUGACUGCCACUCUGCAAUCAAAACAGGUUUGGGAUUUCCAUGUCAUCACUUCCUUUUAGAGUUGUAGAGAAUGGGUAGAGGUUUUUGGCACAGUGAGCGUGAGGCAUCACUGUUGGCAUCAUUCUCAGGGGUCACCAUCACACACAGUAUCUUGCAUCUGCUGCUCUCAGCGGGUGCACAGAGGGUCCGCACUGCUGUUCAUGAUGCAAAGAGGACAGAGGGUUGAUGCGUCUUGCUCCAGCUCACUCUGGGAUCCACUCCCAUGGCCACUGGUGACACCCAGCUCCUCAUAACCUUAG